CUGAGCAUAGAGUGGAGCAUUACUCGGUGUGGAUUCAUUACAUUCAUUACUCGUUUUCCUGAUGAUUGUUUCGUGUGUUGUGAACCGUGUUGUAUAUCGCAUCGUCGAGAUUCUUGUAUUAUUUGUCUGUGUUUGUGUCAUUAGUGAAAAAACCAUCCAAACGAGUCUCGCUAAUCAGUGCUUUAUGUGAAACUACAAAUAGUGUCGUUGAAUUUUGUCACUACAGAGGAAAUCUGAUUGCACUGCUUGUCGCAAGCUCAAAAGCUUCUGUUUUGGAAUAGUUUAUUCAACGUAGUAUUACGAACGGAGGAGCAGCAUAGCGACUAUCCCGAAAUCACAUUUCUCUCCACAUAGCUCCACAUCAGUCAUCACAGCAGAGACCCAGCAGCUGAAAAUCCGAAAGCGAAGCAUGGCAAGAUAGCAAAGUGCGAAGUAACGCAAAAGAAGCUCAAAAAAGCAAGGAAGGAGAUAUCUACAGCAAAACAGAGGCAAUAGCAAGAAAUUUCACUUUCUAUUUUUUAACUUUUAUUUUUUAUGCCACACUUGCGUGAACUAUUUGAAGCUUCGGAGUGUCUGUGCCGGGUUUGGUAAUGGAACUGAUGAGAGAUCGGGUCCCUUUAUGUUUUUUGGUGCAUGAUUAAGUGCUGUGUUUAAGAAUUUGGAAACGACGAAGUAAUAACUAAGGACAGAUGUGGAUAUCGGAAAAUAUAUCUAAUUCAAAUAAAAGUGAAGCAGGCGAUCGAUGAGAUCUUGGAGCAUUGUGCAAAUUCAGUGAAAUUCUCUAGUGACACCAUGCGACGAUGACGACGCAAACGAGUUACCAGAAUGUAUGUUGAAUUCUACUUAUUAAGAAUCUGAGGUGUGCGAAGAAACCUGUUUUGGGGGUCGACUGAAGAAGAGAUUUUUUGUCGUUUGUUUCUCAACCGAGUGCGCUAUAGCUUGUGUCAUGUCCCAGCAGUAACGAAUCGUUGCGCAAAAUAGUGACGACGUGGUGUAGUGUGUUAUCCGUGGAUUGUAAUUGCACCACCGAACCAGCAAGACUUGAUCUAAAUGGCGGAUAAAGAGGAAAAACGCGUAGGCUGUGCACACUACAAGCGACGAGCAAAAUUUGUGACACCUUGCUGCAAUAAAUUUUACAUGUGUCGUUACUGUCACGAUGAGAAUGAAAACCAUUUCUUCAACCGUAAAACAGUGACGGAACUGAUUUGCACCGAGUGCAACACGCGACAACGAGUCCAGGCGGAGUGUGAGAAGUGUGGCGUGAGAUUUGGACGGUAUACCUGUCUUGUGUGCAAUCUAUUUGACGAUGAAGAUCGUAAUCAAUACCACUGUGAUGGAUGCGGUAUCUGUCGAGUUGGCGGACGGGGUCGUUUCUUCCACUGCGAAGUAUGCAACAUGUGUUUGCCGGUACAGCUGAAAGUUGAAGGCCACAGGUGCGUCGAGAAUGUUUCGCGAUCCAACUGUCCUGUCUGCCUGGACGAUAUUCAUACAUCGCGCAUUCCCUGCCAUAUUCCUGACUGUGGGCAUCUGCUGCAUCGGACAUGCUUCGAGGAGUUGCUUUCUUCGGGUCACUAUGCUUGUCCAACAUGUCAGACUUCCAUGAUGGACAUGAACCAGUUGUGGGAGUACCUUGAUUCGGAAGUAGCAGCUACGCCAAUGCCAAAGGAGUACGAAAACUAUUGCGUUGAUAUUCUUUGCAAAGAUUGUCAUCAGGAAUCAACCGUAAAGUUUCACGUAGUUGGACUGAAGUGCACCAAAUGCGGCGCCUACAAUACUUGCCGAACAAAGACUAAAACCAUCGAAACGCCCACCAAAUGCACAAACAGCAACAAGAGCACGUCCCGGUCGGUGAACGGAGAAAGCAGCAGCAGUUCAGCGACAAGUUCUUCUUCCUCCACUACUACCACGACGACUUCAGCUGCUGCAGAUGUGGCGAUUAGCUCGAGCAGCAGCGAUACACCAGUUGCAUCCACUUCCACUGCACUCGGGACGUCGCCCAGUCCGGCUGUGUCCAGUGCAGCAGCGGCGAUGUCGGGAAACUCAAGCGCUCCUGCCGCCACAUGUACGGAGCAUUCCUCGUAUAACAACAGUAGUAAUAGCAAUCAUGAAGCUUAGGACCGAUAUUAGCUAGAUUUUCGCAACUUUUUGUCGUAGCUAUUUUCGUGUUGGUUCAGUAUCUACUUCACUAGUUGGAAUCUCGUAACCAAGACCUCACGUACCAUGCAUUGGUGUGUUCAUUCCACUUCCAGUUACUUUUUUAUUUGUUAUUACCUUGGAUAAAAACUAUUACCCAGGAAAACUUGGACAAGCAACACAAGACAUACAUUUGACCCUGGUCUCAAUUACUAUGUUAGUGAGGCUCAAGCUAUCAUAUUUCAGAAUUUAGCACAGUUCCAUAAUUGUCUAUUGUCGGGGGUAAUUUAGCGUAUACUUCUCAUUUUGUAAAUAUUUAUUUAGUACAUUUUAUUAAUGAUUACAAUCAUUGUAUGUUUUAUAGGAUCGUUUUUAUGUUGAGAGCAAUCGUAUUUUGUAAAAAUAUUGUAAUACAGGUUUAUUUAAUUAAAAAACCAAUACUUAACAUUCUUUCCCGUGCAUCCAAAAUUUGCAACCGUCGGAAUUCCGUUCCUUUUUUAUACAUCGGCAAAAUCUGAUCAUACUCAAAACGGUUUCUCAGACUCACGAAAUCUUUCCAAUGUUUCGUUGCACUAUAUAUCGUGGAAAAGAAAUUUUAAUCAUCUCAUCAUGUGUUCAUUAUUGUAUUUUUCCAUUUUUGGUAGCUUAGUUAACGUUUAUGUGAUAACGUAUUGUUUGUAUCGUUAGAUAAUAAUAGAUAAAACCCUCCGGAAUCUAAGCAGCAAUGCACAUCAAACAUCAAAGAAAACAUUAAUUCGGAGAUGCGUUAUGUUUGCGUGGGAAAUUUAAUUUAGGACGAGUUUGCAAAAUAAUGCUCUAUGUAACUCUAGGAUAUGACCAGUCUAAUGUAGGUAGGUAAAAUGCUACAUUAUUGGUAACAGCUUAGUUUUGGGGAGAUUAGGUGAAUCGACGCAACCGUACUUUUUCUAAUUCGUCAGAGCUAAGCGAUUGUGUAGAUUCUUGCUGGAAUCAUCAGUCUAGACUUUAGAACGUAAUUUCGCAAACAAUAGUGAAUUUCUGUUCAAUUCAAUUCAUACAAUUAGGAAAAAACGUUCAGCAAUUUGAUAUGCUCGAAUAAAGGUGUUAAACCAACUAACAA